CAAGAGAGAGAACCAGAGGCUUCUCUUCUCCCGCAUCUCCCACCCUGAUCUCCUCGCGUCGCGCCCUCCCCUCACCUCGAAUGGCGAUACCUCCUCCACCCACGCGCCCCAAUCCCUAACCCUAGAUCCCUCCUCCCACGCCCUCUCGCGCACGACCAAUCUCCCUCUUCCUUCCUGUUGUGUCUCUCUCGCACUGUCCAAUCUCCCAAUUCAUUAUGGAGGCGGGGGCGGGGAGCAGCAGCGCCAAGCUGGUGGCGGCGUGCGUCAUCGGCGGGAUCGUGCUGGGGGCAUCCGUGGUCGCGCUCCACCUCGCCGGCCCCGUCGCCAUUCCCGCCCUGCCGCCCGUCGACGCGCUCCGCCGCCGGUUCCGCCGCGGACGACGGCGCCCCGUGCGCGUCUACAUGGAUGGCUGCUUCGACAUGAUGCACUACGGCCACUGCAACGCGCUGCGCCAGGCGCGCGCCCUCGGGGACGAGCUCAUCGUCGGCGUUGUCAGCGACCACGAGAUCACCGCCAACAAGGGCCCGCCGGUCACGCCCCUCCACGAGAGGUUGAUAAUGGUCCGUGCUGUAAAAUGGGUACACGAUGUUAUUCCAGAUGCACCUUACGCCAUAACUGAGGAUUUCAUGAAUAAAUUAUUCAAUGAGUAUAAUAUAGAUUAUAUCAUCCAUGGCGAUGAUCCUUGUCUGCUCCCAGAUGGUACUGAUGCAUAUGCUCUUGCCAAAAAGGUUGGUCGAUUUAAACAGAUUAAAAGAACCGAAGGAGUGUCAACGACAGACAUUGUUGGAAGAAUGCUUCUUUGUGUUAGAGAGAGAUCAGCUUCUGAUAGUCACAACCACUCUUCACUACAAAGGCAGUUCAGUCACGGGCAUGGCCAGAAAAUUGAUGAUAGUGGAUCUGGAAGUGGAACUAGGAUAUCUCAUUUUCUUCCUACAUCUCGGAGAAUAGUUCAGUUCUCAAAUAGCAGGGGUCCAGGUCCAGAUUCUCGGAUAGUGUACAUAGAUGGUGCAUUUGAUCUAUUCCAUGCUGGACAUGUUGAGAUAUUGCGCCUCGCUCGAGAGCUUGGAGAUUUCCUGCUUGUGGGUAUUCACACAGACCAGACUAUAAGUUCAACAAGAGGACCACAUCGCCCAAUCAUGAACCUCCAUGAGAGAAGUUUGAGUGUUUUGGCUUGCCGUUAUGUUGAUGAAGUGAUCAUUGGUGCUCCAUGGGAUGUUUCGAAAGAUAUGAUUACCACAUUUAAUAUUUCGUUGGUUGUUCAUGGGACAAUUGCUGAGAAUAUGGACUUUAUGAAGGAUGAUUUAAAUCCAUAUGCUGUUCCAAGGGCUAUGGGCAUCUACCGUAGACUGGAGAGCCCUUUAGACAUCACUACUAGUACUAUCAUAAGGAGGAUAGUUGCUAACCAUGAAGCCUACCAGAAACGGAACGAGAAGAAAGAAGCCAGUGAGAAGAAGUACUACGACAGUAAAAGCUUUGUCAAUGGAGAGUAACUUAGGAACAGGUCUUGCAUUAAUGCUAUUGCCCAGAAGUUUAGUUCACAACCUUCUGGCACAAAUGCAGCGGUUAGAUGAUCCACAAUUUUACAGUCUUGUGGUAACUAUUCUCAUGUUGCUGAUAUAGCUCAGGAAACUUCAGAUGCAACCCUGAUGAUGGUGCUGACUUGGGUGAUGCUGGAGACCCUAUUUUCCUGUAUAUGGGGCUUUGUGGCUGCCAAUACCAGCUGUGUUAUUUUGAGAUGGGUAGUUUUUUUUUUUUUGUUUUUUUGUUCAGGAUUGUUGUAGAGUAUGAAUGUUAAGCUUGAUUAACUAUUCCUGAUGCUUUAUUUCGGAGUUGCCAGGUAUAUGUGGCAUCAUCUUAUGAGAGUCCUUUUCUCAUAUAUUUUGGUACACUUCUGUUAUGAUCUGGAACUGAGCAACUGAUAUUUGUGUGGGUCGGUGACAGCAA